CAUCGAGAAACACACAUGUCAGAAGUGACAGGAGACCACGUGACAAUGUUUGCCAUGUCAGCCCAGGCCUGCCUUGGGGGUGUUGUCCUUUCUCUGCUCCUGACCCUGAGUCAUGGCCUACCUGCGACGUCGAAAAAGCCAAAGGUCAUCCUGGUCUCUAUGGACGGUUUUCGUCAUGACUACCUGACCAAAGGCAAUACGCCAAACUUUGAAGACAUGUUGAGUGCAGGGGUCACCAUGCCUUAUGUGAACAAUACUUUUGUGACCUUGACCUUCCCGAGUCACUACAGCAUAGCCACAGGCACUUACGAAGAAACCCAUGGAAUUGUCGCCAAUAACAUGUACGAUCCGGUUUACAACGAGACCUUCGGGAUGGGAACUACAGACCCCAAGUGGUGGAAUGGGUCGGAGCCGAUAUGGACAACUGCCAAAAAAGCAGGCCUCAAAGUCGGCGUCUACUUCUGGCCGGGCAGCUCCAGCCCAUUCAACGGUCUUCUGCCGGAUGAGUGGAGGGACUACAAUGAUUCAGUAGAGUACGAGCAUCGGGUCCGCACAGUGGUCUCGUGGAUGUCACGUGACGACUUCGACCUGGCCUUGCUUUACUUCGACGAGCCUGACCACAGUGGACAUGCAUUAGGACCAGAUAACCCCCAGCUAGUCCCUGUCAUAGAGAGAAUGGACUGUAUUUUGGGAUUGCUGGUCUCGGAGCUUACAACAGCGGGGAUCGUUCUGAUUGAUGUACUCGACUACGUGAACGACACAGUGUUCUUGAAGAUGUACCAACAGGGCCCUGCGGCUCAAAUGAGGCCUCAGGAGGGCAAGGCCGCGGAGCUGAAAGAGGCCCUGAAGGAUGUGCGGCAUAUGAAAGUCAUGCUGAAGGAAGAGAUUCCAGAGGAGAAGCACUACAAGAACCAUCGCCGUGUGUUGCCUGUGUUUGCGCUGGCAGAGAACGGAUGGCAGAUCACAGCGAACGCUACACGGCGCCUUAAUUGGCCGUUCAAAGGUGAUCACGGUUUUGAUGACGACCUGCUCACCAUGCGGCCAAUCUUCGUCGCCAGAGGGCCAGCCUUCAAGACAAAUGAGACCGUGGAGCCGAUAAAGAAUGUAGAUAUCUAUCCCCUUAUCUGCCAUUUGCUAGGAAUUGAACCCUCUCCCAACAAUGGCAGCCUGGAGCGAGCUAUGACGCUUUUAAGGACGCGCGGAAAUCCAAAAGAUCCAGGAGAUGGAAGCUCAAGUCUGACCGCAGCAACGACAACAAUAUGGGUCUUGGCCUCGCUUUGUUUUGUAUUUUCCUUUGUUCAAAUAUAGGCUUGCUUAAAGGAGAA